AGAUUAGUUUUACGCAUUGCCAAGAGCACAACACGCAGGUCAGAAAUUUACGUCACAUUGGAUGAGGUUUUCUUGUCGUCUAUUCUAGUGAAAGACAUUUGACGGAAUAAUGGUUUUCUAAGUUCAGAUGAUCAUAUUUAUGGUGUAGUGCACUUUUCACUUGAUAUUAGGUGGAUAUCAACCAAUAAUGGUUGGAAAAUACUUGUUACUAGCAGCUUAUAUCGGAUUUGUUGCAUCAACGAACGGGACUACAGGAACAUUUCCAAAUGGAGUCCCACGUUUAGAUCUCUACAAUUUGGAGAGUGGAUACCAUGGUCUGGUGAAAGAAAAUGAGACUCUAGUUGAAGUGACUCCUACAAUAAGAGGAGUGGGCGCUGAUAUUUGCAGUUUCAGAAUCGUCAACAAGCACCAUGGAGAGGCACCGUUUGAGAUUAUUCUAAAGAAUGGCGGCGAAGCUGAGUUGAGGGCUAGACGUAAUCUCAACUGUGAGAAGAGGAAGAACUAUAAAUUUGAUAUUGCUGCCGUUUCUUGUUCGGGAGAGCAAUCUGGAAAUGCGACAGUGCACAUCUCAGUGGUUGACAUCAACGAGUACGCGCCGGCCUUCCUGGAGCCGUCCUACGUGCGCCAGGUGGACGAGGGCCGCCUCUACCAGGAGAUCCUGCGCGUCGAGGCAUCCGACCGCGACUGCACGCCCAAGUUCGGAGACAUCUGCAAGUACGAGAUCCUCACCAGCGACCAGCCAUUCACCAUUGACAAUGAAGGUGCCAUUCGUAACACUGAGCCACUUGACUAUGAGCGCAGUCACAACCACAUCCUCUCUGUUGUUGCCUACGACUGCGGCAUGAAGCAAUCGGUUCCAGUGAUGGUUACUAUCAAGGUUAACCGUAUCUGCAAACUAGGAUGGAAAGGUAUUCCAGAGAGAGUAGACUACGCCCCCGGCAGUGGACGCGAAGACCUCUUUCCCACGGCACAACUGAAACUGUGUGAUGUUCCGUGCACGGUGAGGAAUGUGCAGACCAAGCUCACUCUGGCUACAUCUCACAUCGGCAAGGGUUGCGAUCGCGAUACCUACUCUGUUCAAAGCCAAAGGAAACUUUGCGGUGCCAGCUCGGAGAGCGUAGACCUGCUGCCGACACCCGGCUCGGGCGCCGAGUGGACGAAGGCUCUGGCCUCUGACGAGGGCCACGACUCGGACCAGAUGUUUGAGUUUGAUGGAGUGAGCUCGGCCGUCGCCAUCCCCACAGAGGUGCUCGACCACGGCCUCGCCCGCACCUUCACCAUCGCCACCUGGCUCAAGCACCGCCACUUGCCCGACCAGGACAAGCAUGUCAAGGAGCACAUCUUGUGCUCGGCCGACGAUCACAAAAUGAACAGGCACCACUAUGCAUGGUUUGUGAGAAAUUGCCGAUUGAUUUUGCUGUUGCGUCGUGACUUCUCUGAAGGCGAUUUGAACAUUUUCCGUCCUGCUGAAUGGAGAUGGAAGCUGCCUCAGGUUUGUGAUAACGAGUGGCAUCACUAUGCUGUGACAGUGAGAUUCCCUGACGUUCAGUUAUAUGUUGACGGCACUGUCUUUAAGCCAGAGAAGAAGAACCCCGAAGUUAUUGAUGACUGGCCGCUGCAUCCAACCAAGGACAUCAAUACCACCUUGACUGUUGGAGCCUGCUGGCAAGGUUCUGAAAACAAGAUGAAGCACCAUCUUCGUGGUUAUUUGGCUGGUCUGUCUGUUCUGCUGAACCAGGUGGAGAAGCCAUCAGUGCUGGCAUGUUUGCACAAGUGCAAGGAGAGUCUUGAAGUACCUGCUAUGGAGCUUUUGGAACCGGGAAUGGAACUUCUGACAAACAGUGAUUUGACUGAGCUAUCAAUUGAAGGAGACAACAAGACCAAUCUUGAGGUUUUGGUGAAGAAAAUUGGAUACUCCAACUCGAGAGAAUUCCCCACUCCAGGUCGACGCAACCUGCACCUUUCAACUACAAUCACCUGCGAUCACGGCAGAGGAGUGAAAGUUCCUCCGGUGGAAAGCUACGUGAUGGUGCUCCAGCCUCAGCAGCCAAGCAUCACUAUCAACGGAACUAACAAUGUUGCACGAGAGUACCAGGAUUUCCGUCAGGGAGUCAGAGUUUUCACCGACCUCCAUAUCACUGUCCAACCAUCAGGCAAACCAUGGAAGCAUGGAGAAGGUUUGAGUGUGAUUCAAAAGAAACUGGAUUCGUGUGUUGUGUCCGUCUACCCAUCUUUGAAUCCAGAUCAUGAAACCAUUACUCUGCCUGAAAAUAUGCUUACUCAGUUUGGCAUCAUUGCCAAAGUCAGCAAGGAUGGAGCUACAGUUUCUGGCUCAGAUCUCAUUUACAACUAUGAAGAGGUAUUGCGACAGAUCCAGUAUACAAACCGUAAGCCAGCCUACUAUCUCAACAGGGUAUUCAAGCUUAUUUGCUCAGAAAUGAAUGGCAGAUUCUUGAGCAAUGAAUAUAUUCAGACUCUGACAGUGAUCCACCCGCAGUCGGCUGCGGCUGUGGCGGCGGCGGCUGCGGCGGCGACGACAAAGGUGGCGCCAGUGGCGGCGCAGGAGGCGGUGGUUGCGGCAAGCGAGAAGCCGGCCGGUGACAAGGUGGCACACGCCCUGCUGUCGCAGCACCACGUCGAGAUGCGACCGCAGACAAUCGUCGACCACUACCUCGAGGCAACCAUAUCCGACCGCACUCAGGCCGUUGUCGCUGGAGGCAGUCAUGCCGUGACAAUCAUAAUUGUUGUUUGCGUUGGAUUCCUUCUGUUCAUGAUUAUUUUGGGAGUUGUGCGCAUUAGAGCGGCGCACCACCGAGCCACUCAGGAGGAGAUCCAAGAUACAGAAAUGGCCUGGGAUGACUCUGCUCUCACCAUCACUGUCAAUCCAAUGGAGCUGAACGGGUCUGGCGGCGCAAACAAGGGCAACGGGCGGACAUCGGGCGCCGGCCACAACGAGGACGAUGACUCAUCCGACGACAACUCGAGUUACCAUGACGACGAUCUUGACUCGAGUGACGAGGAAGACGAGGCCCCGACCAAUGGCGGAGGCGGCAAGGUCAAGGACCUCGAGUGGGACAACUCAACCCUCGCCAUCUAAGUCCCCUCCCCUCCACAUCUCACCACCUUUCCCCCCUCACCCCUCCCACUCCUCUAUCUCUACACACACACACACUAUCUCUCUCUCUCACACACACACACUUAGCUUUCAAUAUCCGAUGUCAAGUUGAGUUUCCCCCGUUUUGUUGUCGUAGAAAUAAGGAGUAUAUAGUAUACCAUACGUCUAAUAUGACCGGCUGACUUGCUGUUGGUGCUGGAUCUCAUUUGCAUAUCAGCGCAGCGAACCAUUGUUAGGCAAAGACUGUUGUUAGGCGGCUGCAGAGAUGAUCGAUUUCACUUUUUGUUUGAAACUUGCGCUAAUCAAACUAAACGAUCAAACACAGGUUGUACGAUUCCUUUUUACAGCAUAUAUUAUUAGUACUGCGAUCAAAUAGGAGCUAGAUUUUAUAUUGGAAGUUAAUUCUUCCAAACUUGAUUUUAUUUCGAAUAGUAUUAUUUUUAUAUUAGCUUUAUAACGCAUUGUACUUUGAAACACAACUGUGGUAUGUUUUUAAAAAGUAAACAAGUUGUAAAAAUUGAACGUAGUUUCUCAUCUUAACUGCCUACUACAGACACGGUAUUACUGAAAUGCAAGACUAACCAGCUUUUGUCAGCUAUCUAAGUUUAAUUUUCUUGUUGAUUUAUCUUGCCAAGUAAGUCAGACGUGAUAUUUCGUUUUACAUAAGAUGAACAAUUAUUAUGUAUUAGAAAAAGUAUUUUAACUUUAGAUUUUUAUAGUGCCAUUUGAAAUUUGAUUUAGCUUUAAAUGGUUUGAGGGUAAAGUAUUGUAAUCAUAACGGCUAGCAGGAGUGAGCAAGAAAUUUUUGAACUUAACGUCCUUUUUUAGUAACUAGCAGUGACUUAACGUAUAUAGUAGGAUAUAAAUAGGUAGCUAAACACAAACUAAUGAAAGCACAUUUCAGUUCAAUAUUUAAUUCAGCAACUAAUAUUUUUGCAAGACCUGAAGCAUUUUGAAAUUAGUUCAAAUUUUUUAUUGUUUACUGUUAUGAUGGUUUUAUUAAUCAGUGAAAGCUAUUGUGCAUUUAUCUUGAAACACCGUUGUUAAUUUAUAAACUCGACUAUAUAAAGCUGUACUAUUGUAAAAAUUUGUGUAAAAUAUUUUUUUACUUGUAUAUUAGGGCUAGGAAAGGUAGUCUGGGAGCGCUCUGAAGAGGAUUCUUUCGGUACAAAUCUAAAUGGGAAGCUGGGUUUGUGAAAACAACACUGCAACAGAUCAGACUAAUUUUCGCUGAAAAUCUAGAAACCCUGAUAUGAUGUAAAGAGGCUGAAUUAGACCGUUUUAAAAGUUCUCCUUGAAUGUGAAAGGUGGUGUCACCAGUUGUAAAGGUUAUUUUAUGAAACGGCGUUUUUCCUUUGGCAGACAAUAGUCUUCAAAGAACUGAACCAAACUAAAUCGGCAUUGCAUCAUUUUUUCCAAUCAAAACACUGCAAACAUACUAAUACAGAUGGAAACACCUGCUGAGUUAGAUUAGAUCGGAUUUAGAAAAUUGAAUUUCUAAAUUUAUUAUUUUUAUCACAUCAGUAUUUAUAUGUAAGAUUGUGUAUUUUUAUGCAUAUCACCACCUAGCUUCAUGUAGUCCUUCCCUCGAUGCUAUAAUAACAAUAUUUAAAUGAUAGUCUAGUGAAAAUGGUGUCGCUGUCCAUUAAAUGUGUAUCUGUAUAACUCGGCUGCAUUAGCUAAUAAUAAUAUUAUUGUAAUCAUCAUUGACUUUUAAUUUUAACAUUCCAUUUUAAUAUUGAGUUUUAGAAUAAAAUUAUUGUAUAGACCAUUGUUAACUUGUUUUGUUGAUUGAACUGUUUAUAACUUUUGUAUAAUAAUCCACCUUGCAAAAAUGAAUUAAUACAAUAACAAUGUAGCUAUAAAUAUUAUGAAUGAAGAAAACGAGUAAGUAGUAUAAAUUACCGUUAAUGAUUGUCCAACCUACAGAAUUAUUGUGUAAUAAUAUCACUUUACACAUCGUUUUAUAUAAAUACCUUUCCAGAUAAACGUGUAAGUAAUUUAAAUAUUUGCAUAAGAUUGAAUGGUAUAUGUUCUGUGCCCUGGUGUUUUCCUGAAAUGAGUAGGGUGAUUGAACAGUUUUUAGGAUUGAAUUUAAUUUAGGCCAAACUGCUGAAGUCUACUACAUUCACGAAACGAUGAUAUUAUUGUAGAUAUUUAGAUGAGAAGAGUGUUCUAAUCAUCCUACGGCAUUGUACUUGUCACUUGUCAGUGAGUUGUCUCGCCUGAAGCACCUGGGUCGAGGUCGAGGUCGAGAAUCAACUAGAUCUGUUCUCGUGCUCGGUGCUGUUGUGUUUAUUGUUUCUUGUCCAGCAUGACACGGAGAGAUGCAAGCUUUUUGUCUAAAAACUAACAUAAAAAAUAGGUGUAGGUUAUGUAUUGUGUACCAAUCCACUCCUUUAACUGUGAAUCCUUGUGUAUUAGUCGUGAUCUCCAACACUCUGAAUGUAUUCUGUGAAAUUAUUGGAUUCCUAUUACUGUACUAUGUCAACUGUGAAACUAUGCCUGCUUGAAAACAGAAGGGCUUCAAUUAUAAAUGUUAUCAUUUGUAAGGAAUUAUUUAAUAAAACUAUCCGCACAUUGAAUACACAACAUUUGUAUUACUCGCAUUAUCAAUUAUGUACGUUAAAUAGUUUGAUGUAUUCUCACAGAAUGUUGUUCAAUAAAGCCUACACCUUAUUAAA